AUGCGCGACAUCGUUCCGUUCAUUUGGGGGGCUGAUCUCAUGCCAACUCAAAUAUUGAAGCAAACUUUAUCAAGUGUGGUGGGCAGAGUCGCCCAACAUGUUGGGUUCGAAUUUGCAAGUAUGGAUGCUAUUGAUAUCCUCUCUGAAAUUCUUUUUAAAUAUCUAAAAUCAAUCUCGAAGUCAGUUGCUGAUCUUGCAGCUGAGGAUGGAUAUUUUAGUGUCGUUGACGGUUUGACCAUUCUGGAGUUGAUGAAUGAAUCACUCUCUGGUUUAGUCAAAUACGCUAGGGAAUCAGGAUCCUACUUUCCGAAGCCUCCGAACAUGUGCAUACCCCUUGCUGGUAGAAUAGAAUUCAGCGUACUUUUUAAGGGGGAGAAACCACUUCCAUUGUCCUCGUACACGUUGCGGGAACCUUUGUGCUCCAAAGACGUAACCGAGUUGCUUACUGAAAAUAAAGCUGAAAGCACUAGCGGACAGACCUCAACAGCACCGCAGGGGCGCCAUGAACGCAAAUUGCCACUUUGGGCUGGUAGAGCUAAGUACAAGCUUGCCCGUGUUAUUUACGACUCGAGCCUCGCUUCAUUGGUGGAGCGUGAUUUACCUCCACCUGUUAAUCCAGUUAUUCCAUCCACAAAAGGGCUUUCUGUUAGAUCAGCAGUGUCGGCAUUUCGUAAACCUCAACGAACGCCGCAGUUAUCUGAUUCUGAUUACCCCUCGGCUGCGCUAGUUGUGCACAGUACGAAACCGGCUUGCACCACGGAUGUGAUGCGAGAGAGUGCUUUGAAAACCUUUGCUCUAUCGUCACCUCAAACAAGUAGAAAAAUUGAUGCUUAUUCUUCUCCAUCGACGUCGUUAAAUACUUCUGAUGCUACACUUGCGAAAGCUACUCCUCUCCUACAUUCCGCUGACCCAAACAGUUUAUACCCUCCAUCGAUCGUAGGGAAAUCUCGUAAACUCUCCCAAAGUACUAGUCGUCGUAAUCCGCAAAACCGGAAAAAACGGUUUGGCAUUGGCCGAAGACGGUCCCAAUCAAUAGGAAAGCGGAACACAAACCAAAUUAUGCCCUCUAUGUCUCCUGUGAUUGAAACUGCAGAGGCUACUAAGGAUGCUAAUCACUUAACUCCUAGUGAUAGAGAAGACGGAAGUGCGGCUCCUAUUUUGGCUGAUGUACCAAGCCUAUGCCCCUCUCCAGAGGUAAAGCCGUCUGUUAGGAACUCGGACAAUGUAAAACUAGAUUCUGAAAACGUAGAAACUCAUGCGUCUGAUGUGUAUGCGGCUGCUUUGAAUGCGCACUGUUCUCCUUCUCUGCCGCCUAAACCAUCAAUCACACCAAUGCCUGAGCAAAGCUCUGCACUUGGUGAUUCUGGUGCAUUUGGAAGUCCCUUGAGAAUUCCAGAUGGUACUGUGUCUUUUCCGAGGCGAUCCCCAACUACACCUCAAAGUCCUGCGAUCCUGACUGAGACAGAACUUCUACCUACUGAUCGAGGGGUUGAGGCGUUCGAGUUUUUCCCCGUCUUCCUCCUCUCUUUCGUCGUCUUCACCAUCAUCUUCUUCUUCCUCACCGGUUACCGAUUCUUCGAAGUUGCCUGUUCCUUCAGUGCCACUGAUCACAUCAUCAUCACACCGCAUUUCUUCACGGCUGCCAAUUCAACAACCACUCUCCGACGUGAGUUCUACUCCGUUUGGUGUUUCAACUACAAAGACCGCUGCGAUACUAAUAUUGUUGAUAUUUUACUUUCCUCGGAAAUUCCACACUCUUCCCGUGCAUCGUCCUCAUUGCCUGGUUCAAUGGCGUCCCGGCAACCAACAGGAGUCACUAGUUAUGCUGCGGAGCCUGUCAAAAUUCCUCAUCCUGCAACUGCUGGCGCUGGUAGCGGUAUUCGCAUAAAGAUCCGUCUGGGUGGUCCUGAUGGAGAGACGUUAAGUGUCCGCUCGAGCGAGCCUGCCUUCACUAACACUAACUCCAGCUUAUCCACCAGCAGCAGCAGUAGCGUUUCAUCUCCUCUUAGCUCUGGCCAAGUUUCCGAUGAGGAGACUGCUGCCAGACGUCAUUCUGCUAUUCCACCUGCGCUUGUGGCGAAGGAAAGAAGACACGAAAAUUUGUCAUCAUUUGGCUCUCUUAUCAGUAAAACACAGCUUCGCGCAACCUCUAUGUCUCAGCAACCAUUACUCAGUGUUAAAACACCCAAAUUAGUCAUCAAAUUUGGUGGUCAUGAGCAUGGCUCAACUAGUAUUGUACGAUCAUUGGGUCAACAAAUACCACAACUAAAGCCUGCUUUCACUCAUGAAAAACUUCGUGGUAGUAGUAUUAGCAGCAUGGGCAGCAGUAGCUCAAGUUCUUCAAGCCAGACAUCAGAUGACGAGGAGGAAACUGUCGUCUCGAGGCCUCCCCAUCUACCCGUAUUGGAACGGCUUCCAAGUGCAAGGAAUUCAAAUAAUCGAUCAUCUCAACCACCAGCACUUUUGCUGCUGAAAGAUCCCUCUUCCAAAGCGACAUCCUUCACAUCUGAAUGCAGAAAAUCGCCUCCACAUCUUCGACCUUUGAAUAUACUCCCGCCUCCUAUUCCGAUGCUGACGCCAUCAUUCGUCGUACCAAAAUCCACAACUUACUCAUCUGCGUCAUCUUAUGAACAACGUAGCAAUAAAUCGUCCUCCAAGUGUGGGAAGAAGAGAUCGCGGGAAAGGCCUAUGUCGCAGUCACCACCGAAACUUGGGGUCUCCCAUUCAACGUGUGGUAAGCGAGUUUUGGUCAAUUCAAUCUUCUCUGACGACGAAGAGGAAGAUGCGAUUGCCAGCACAGGGGACAGACUAAGUGUGCGUCCACGGGACAGCCAUCGAAGUCAUAAACAAGACCGAUGCGGCGCUAAAACGAGAAGACUUGGGGGGGAUAAACCCCAAACAUCAAGCCAGAUCUCCCCUCCAACUACUCAGAUCAUUGCUGCUUCGGCUGGAACGUCCUAUUACUUUAACAAUGCUGGGGAGCAGAUAUGGCUUUGUCCAAUUUGUCGUACUGAGGAUGAUGGCAAUCUAAUGGUGGGGUGUGACAGCUGUGACGAUUGGUACCACAGUUGCUUGGGUCUAUCGAAGGAACCUGAUUCUGCUCAGUGGUUCUGCCCAAAGUGCUUGCGUGAGCGCCUCGAAAAAUCAACGACAAGCUCAGAGCGAAUCAUAUUUCGACAAAUGGCUGUCCACAAACUGCAAGAUAAUGGGAACGAAAUAUCGCGGAAUCCUAUCAUCGGCAAGAAAUUUAGAUUUCACCUCUUUGAACGAUGCUCUGGUGGAGUAUUGAAUCUGCGGUUUGAUUCUACGGUUCUGGAGAGUUAUUAUACUCUCUGCUCGUUCCCUCAUUCUUUGUCCAGAUUUCGAAUAGCGGUAUCAUAUUUUGCUCUUGUUUGUGCAACUUGGAUGAUAUUUUUUUUCACCUCAGGAACGGAACAAUGGAUGAUAUACGUUGCUGGAGCUGGCACGGGUCUUAUAGUGGCGAUUGUUCUGUUUGCACUUACCUGUUCAAAAGCCGUGUUUGAGAAGAACUUCCUUGUUUUGUACAUAAUACUAGCAUUAUUCUUCAGUUUACUGUUUCUACUUGCAUUUGUUCCUCCAACCGUCGGAGUCUCUUCGGCGUUUAACGCUAGUCUGAUUGUUCAAUUGCUUCUGAUAAUCUACAUCAAUAUCCCGCUUCGACUUUGGCAAGUAAUACUUAUUUGUGGACCUGUCAGCAUUAUACACGUGGUGCUGUCGUGUACUGUUUGUGGAAAGAUAAAUUCCCGGUUAACUUGUAUAUAUGUUCUCUUACACUGCUGCAUUCAUAUGAUUGGAUUCGUACAACAUAUUUUAUCACAAGUGCGACGGCGCUCAACAUUUAUGCGCCUCGGUCACAGUGCUCUGAUGCGCAAAGCCUUGGAGAAGGAGCAGCAGAUCCAAAAUGAGAUGAUCCAGUCCCUAAUGCCUCAGAAGGUCGCGCACGAAGUAAUGCAGGGCUCCUACAACAGCGAAGACGAGGAUGAGGCAAACGAAUCCGAAGGCGGGAAUGAAUUGCGAAUGGUUAGUUUUCGCAAGGGAAAAAAGGAUGGAAAAGAGACUAAUCAUGAGAAGAUAAACGCCAAGGGAAGGGGAAGUGCCAGCUUCUCUGACGAUACGGAUGACUAUAGCGCCGAUGAAAGUGAGCCCUUGAGAGGAAUGGAGGGUAGUACAUCCCGCAGAGAGCAUAGGGUACACAACCCUGAUGUGAGAAUCGCGUCUUCGUCCAGCUUGCCGCGACCCUCAGCCGGACAUGCUGUGAAGUUUCGUAAAUUCCACGUCAGUCAGAUGGAAAAUGUCAGCAUCCUCUUUGCUGAUAUUGUGGGGUUCACGAAUAUGAGCUCCAACAAAUCUGCUUCUCAACUCCUGCUUCUUCUCAAUGAUCUUUUUGGACGGUUUGACAGCCUUUGUGAGCUGAACCAGUGUGAGAAGAUAGCGACGUUGGGCGACUGCUACUACUGCGUGUCGGGCUGUCCCAACGCCGUGCCUGACCAUGCAGAGAGAAUUGUCGAAAUGGGUCGCUCUAUGUGCGUGGCUAUCCAGCAGUUUGACGAUGAUCACGCCGAACAGGUGAAUAUGCGUGUCGGAGUGCAUACUGGAAAGGUGAUUUGUGGAUUGGUCGGAACGCGCCGCUUCAAAUUCGACGUCUGGUCAAACGAUGUCACCAUAGCUAAUCAGAUGGAGUCUUCAGGUAAGGCAGGUAAAGUGCACAUCUCCGAAACCACACUGGAAUUUGUCAAAGAUAUCUACGAAGUUUCAGAGGGCGAACCAGUUCCUGACAUUCGGAAAGUAAAAGUAUUAAUUGAAUAUUACAACAAGGAGGAUCAACGUUACGCCAUUAAACAUACUCGAGAUCAAGCUCUUAUUAAAACCUACUUCAUUGAGAGACGUUUCGAUAACAAACCGAUUAUCAUGUUAGAUAAGAUCGAAUUUUUCUUCAAGUCCAAAGCAUCUGCGUCUGUUAAUGAGACCAACAACACACCGUCUUUUGUCAAGGAUCAGCCAAAGACAUCGGUCGACCAGAUCAUCGCAUCACCAACGGGAUCAAACGAAUUGACCCUCACAACAUCUCCUGGAUCUGAUAAACCGGAGGUGAGGGCUCGUGGUUCCGAUGUGGAGAUGUUGGACGCUCUGUGGAAUCUCUCCAAGCCGGAAGAGGUCUUCAAAUUCCCACCGAUUUCACGCUUUUCUCUUUGCUUUCUCUCACAAUCUCUCGAACAGACCUACCGGCGGCAGGUGCUUCGUGUUCCCCGUCAGUCUGUCCUCAUCACACUUGCAACACCCCGUCUAACCCCUGUCACCAAUGGGCUGGCUCACUUCCUCUUCUUCCUCCUCGUCUCCUUGGCUUGUUUCAUUAACUUUCCCAAUUUAACAAACAGUCGACUGGCGCUCGUGACACCCUUUGUCGUGUUUGCACUGGCUCUCUGUUUUAACUGCCUAUUCAUAGCUAUUGUUUUUUCGGAUUUGCUAGCAUGGGGAGGAUUCUGUCUCCCCGAAAAGCGCCUUCAGCACAUCUACCGGUUUCUAUUCAACUGGUACACCAGGAACAUCAUGGGGGUGCUGAUGCUCUGUAGCCCUGCGGCUUUUGUGCUCUCCAAUUUCCAAAUUUGUCUCUUUUGGUUCAGUCGAUCGGCGGAUGUCGCAGCAGUGGCCGAUUUCUCAACUGGAGAAUACCGGAUGGUUCAUGGGAUCUUGUUCACUUUCAUGCUGUUUAAUUUGACACUGUUUCCAAACUACUCCUCAUGGACAAAAUCUCUCUCGGCAAUGACCUUAUGCAUCAUUGCUUGUUUGUUGAUACAUUGGCCCUUCGCGGGUUUUUCCUAUGCGUACUCCGACCAAGUGGCUGGCUUUGCUGCCGUGACCACAGCUAGAGACUUAAGCACCUCUCCUAUCUGGUUGGCUGCUGCUGAAAGUAGCCUAUUUCCAUGGGAAAUAACCGUUAUACUCAUCCUGAAUCUCAUCCUCAUAUUCUUUCUCAACCGCGACAUCGACAUCAGCUUUCGUGUCUCUUUCAACCGCGACUUUGAGGCGAGCCGUGCCAAGAAGGCCAUUACUCGAGAGAAGAUGCAGGGUGAAUGGUUGCUGGAAAAUAUCAUUCCACGCUUUGUGCUUACCGACCUGAGGAAGACCAACAAGUACUCUCAACACGUGACCGAUGCUGCUGUUAUGUUUGCGUCAAUAGCCAACUUUUCAGAGUUCUACGAUGAGCAGUAUCAAGGUGGACAGGAGAUGUUGCGGGUGUUAAACGAAAUUUUUGCAGAUUUUGAGCACCUCCUCUCCUCUGUGAAAUUUAAGGAUGUGGAGAAGAUCAAGACAAUUGCUGAGUGUUUCAUGGCUGCUUCCGGCUUGAAUUUGGUUCAGCGGGCGCAGAACACGUUACUGGAUGAUCAUUUGUGUGCUCUAAUGGACUUUGCCAUUGAGCUUCUUAAGACUCUGGAUGACUUCAACCGACAAAUGUUCAACUUUCAGUUUGAGUUGAAGAUCGGCUACAAUAUAGGAGAGGUGACAGCGGGUGUCAUAGGCACGACGAAGUUGCUCUACGAUAUUUGGGGCGACACUGUGAACGUGGCCAGCCGGAUGUAUUCGACAGGUCAGAAAGGUCGGGUGCAGGUGACUGAGGAGGUGGCGCGACGCCUCACCAAGCACUACGAAUUUGAGUAUCGUGGUAAUGUUUUCGUCAAGGGCAAAGGCGAGAUGCGCACCCACCUCCUGGAGCCUCCGGAUCGUGCAUUCAUUACGAUCUCCCCCAUUGUGGCUUCUUUAUCUUCAUGUCUACGCUCACGUCUACCUGUUCUCGUUAAUUUCCUUACAACUGAAUUUGACUCCUCACCUUAUCUACCUUUAUGCUUCUACUAUUAUUAUAAGAUUAAUUAA